CUGCUGCCUCCACUGUACUCAGAUCCAGGUAACAGCCACAGGAUCGUCCAUCUCCCGUCGCUCCGUGAAAAGUUGUGAAUUCACUUUGCUUCAGAGCCUCCCCACCAUGAGCUCCAAGAAGCUGGUGAAUUCAGUGGCAGGCUGUGCUGAUGAUGCCCUUGCUGGCCUGGUGGCCUGUGACCCCAACCUGCAGCUCUUGCAGGGCCACCGAGUGGCCCUUCGUUCUGACCUGGACAACCUCAAGGGCCGGGUGGCUCUACUGUCAGGUGGGGGCUCUGGCCAUGAGCCUGCCCAUGCUGGUUUCAUAGGGAAGGGGAUGCUGACUGGUGUCAUCGCAGGAGCCGUGUUCACCUCCCCGGCAGUGGGCAGCAUCUUGGCAGCCAUCAGGGCAGUGGCCCAGGCAGGCACAGUGGGGACCCUCCUCAUCGUGAAGAACUACACUGGGGAUCGGCUGAACUUCGGCCUGGCCCGGGAGCAGGCACGGGCUGAGGGCAUCCCUGUGGAGAUGGUGGUCAUUGGAGAUGACAGCGCCUUCACGGUGGUGAAGAAGGCAGGUCGGCGGGGGCUUUGUGGCACAGUGCUGAUACACAAGGUGGCAGGUGCCCUGGCUGAGGCAGGUGUGGGGCUGGAAGAGAUCACAAAGCGGGUGAGCGUGGUCGCCAAGGCCAUGGGUACGUUGGGGGUGAGCCUGUCCUCCUGCAGCGUCCCUGGCUCCAAACCCACCUUUGAGCUCUCAGCCAAUGAGGUCGAGCUAGGCCUGGGGAUCCAUGGGGAAGCUGGUGUGCGCCGGAUAAAGAUGGCAACAGCCGACGAGAUCAUGGCACUCAUGCUCGACCACAUGACAAACACCUCCAACGCAUCCCAUGUGCCUGUGCAGCCCGGCUCCUCGGUGGUGAUGAUGGUCAACAACCUGGGUGGCCUGUCAUUCCUGGAACUGGGCAUCAUAGCUGAUGCUGCUGUCCGCUCCCUGGAGGGCCGAGGGGUAAAGAUUGCCCGUGCCCUAGUGGGCACCUUCAUGUCAGCACUGGAGAUGCCUGGCUUUUCUCUCACCCUCCUGCUGGUGGAUGAGCCUCUCCUGAAACUAAUAGACGCUGAAACGACUGCAGCAGCCUGGCCUAACGUGGCCAAGAUCUCUGUGACAGGGCGGAAGCGAAGCCGUGCAGCCCCCACCGAGCCCCAGGAGGCCCCUGGUUCUACUACAGCAGGAGGCUCAGCCUCAAAGAAGAUGGCACUUGUGCUGGAACAGGUGUGCACCACCCUCCUGGGCCUGGAGGAACAUCUGAAUGCCCUGGACCGGGCUGCAGGCGAUGGGGACUGUGGGACCACCCACAGCCGGGCAGCCAGAGCAAUCCAGGGGUGGCUGAAGGAGGGCCCAACCCCAGCCAGCCCUGCCCUGCUUCUCUCCAAGUUGUCCGUCCUGCUACUGGAGAAGAUGGGAGGCUCCUCUGGGGCGCUCUACGGCCUGUUCCUGACUGCAGCCGCUCAGCCCCUCAAGGCCAAGACUGACCUCCCAGCCUGGUCUGCUGCCAUGGAUGCUGGCCUGGAGGCCAUGCAGAAGUACGGAAAGGCUGCCCCAGGGGACAGGACUAUGCUGGAUUCUCUGUGGGCAGCAGGACAGGAGCUCCAGGCCUGGAAGAGCCCCGGGGCUGAUCUGUUCCAGGUCUUGACCAAGGCAGUCGAGAAUGCCGAAGCUGCAGCUGAGGCCACCAAGAAUAUGGAAGCUGGAGCUGGAAGAGCCAGUUAUAUCAGCUCUGCCCGGCUAGACCAGCCCGACCCUGGGGCAGUGGCAGCAGCUGCCAUUCUCCGUGCCAUCCUGGAGGUCUUGAAGAACCAGGGCGUGUGACUACCUCCCUGGGCCUCAGCUCCUCUCACUGCUGUGGUGGCCAUUGUCACACCCUCUACCUUCUGACCAUCACCACCCCCUCCAAUGCCCUAUCACCUGUUCUCUGAGUUCAGCAGGAAAUCUUCCAGCCUCCAGAAUUACCCCUUUGCAGGGACAGCACCCAGAGCCAGCCCAGCAGCACAUGCCUCUCAAAUUCCACCCUUUACCUCCCCAGGAGGGUGAAGCCCUCGGGCCACCCCAGCCUACCUCAGCCAGCUAUGGGAUUCAGAAAUUAGGCAUCUUCCCUUUGUCACAGCACAGCCUUAGCUGGCAGUGCUAAUUUGUUCAAGACUCCCUGUGAAAGGCCUCCCACCCUGGAACCCCAGUGUGGAAAAGAAAACUAAUAAACUAUAUUGAAGCAAUGAA